UAGCUUGCGAGUGGCUUUUAUUUGAUAGUUUGCUUUAUAAUUGAAUUUGAUUUAUUCUGAAUGAGGUAGUGCAAGUGAUUUCUUUACACAAUUAAAGCUGGUAGAUAUAGCUCCUGUAAAGGUUGGAGUAGUGUUUUAUCUAACUAUUUUCAAAACUAUGCCUUCAUAUAUAGGAAAUGUGGUUUCAAUGACAGAACCUGAAGGCAAAUUAUUUCUUUAUGAUUUGUUUUUAUUUUACUAACAAUUUUUCAUGGAUACAUAGUUUAGUCUUUAUCUUUGUCAAGAGAAAGCUUUAUUUUUCAUAGAAUAGCAAAGAAUGUUACAGUGGAGAUGUAGAAUUGCUAGACGAUAUAGAAGAGUUUAGUUUCGCAGAUGUUCAUUUGCCUAAGGUGGAAAAGUUAAGUUUAGAUGACAACUCAGUGUCAAGUAAGGGGCAAUUGCCAUUAGGUAUGGACAAGGAGUUAGAUAGUGAUCAACUUGAGGAGAUAAAAAGUACUUCUCCAGCCAUGGACAGUUCACUACCACUCGAUGAAAGACAGAAGUCUCCAGCGGGCCAGAUAGAGGAAGGUCAAACCAGUGAAAAACCCUUUCUGCAACAAACUGAAACUUCAACAGCAAUAAAAACCGCCAAUGGGUUGCUUACUGCGCCCCCCACCGACGAUAUCCGCACCGAUGAAGUCUGGUGGAUUCUUAUUCGUCUCAAACGAAUCCUCUCUCGAAUGCAAAGUCGCUUUCUUUCUCGUAAUACCGGUCGUUCGAACAACCCCUGUCAAUCCAUCUCCAACCUCGAAGCAGCGACCUCUGCUAGCAACAACUUGGAAAAUCAGUCCACUAGUUCAUUGAGCAACCUGGCCUCUUCUCAGGAACCGGAAGAGGACCCUGUCCUUGCCAACAUGCAGGACUGGCAUGUUAUUUCUGAUCUCUGCCAGGAGCUUGACGUCAUCGUGUCACGUGGUCGGCGUCACAUGCAGCAACACAGCCUUGCUAUACCAGCAAAGAGAAAGCUGACCGAGUUCACUUUUCUCGCGGCUUCGAACCUUUCCCGGGCCAUCUUAUCCACGGAUUCCCCAUUAUCCAGCUUAUUACAGUCGAUAGAUGAUAUUAUAAACGAGUAUAAGACAGUUGCGAGAAAGGAAGGCCUGGCACCACCAACCACGGUGAGACAGGCACAGUAUAGGUCAUUUGUUUAAUAACACAACCGUGUGAAACAGUUGAGUGGCGUGUGUUGUUGUUUGCUUUUUUAAACUCAAUUAAUUAUUCAACACUUCAAUAUUUAUUAUCACUUAUAAAUAACCUGUUCUCAAACCCGUCACUCAAUUCGUGUUUAAAGCUUCUAAUCUUUGAUCUAGCGGCCACAUUUGUGACGUCACAAACGUUU